AUGGACUUCCCGCGGCUCUCGCCACCUGCCAUUAGCAUUCACGACUUUAAUAGUGGUUAUGACCAUCACCAUCCCCCCGACAGAUUCCAGUAUACUAUGCCCGGGCAGUCCUUCUCUGGGCCCAUGCCCAUCCCAACUAAAUCAAUGUCCAAUUUCGCCCCUCCCCCACUGCCUCCGCCAUCCCGCAUCACCGAUCUUGAAGACGGUCACGAUGCCGGGUGGCUUCAUGCCAAUCCCAGAGGAUCCGCUUCUUCAACAAAACUAGCACCAAUUAACCCCAGCUCGAGCUUGUUCGGAGGCCAGCGUCGUCUGGAACCAUCCCUUCCGAGCAAUCGAAUGGCACUCGACGACCUCGAUGGCAGACACAGCGGUUUGCCGAUUUCUCGAAGUCCUGAAGCUCAUAUUAAGAUUGAGCCCCCACCUCCGUUGGAGGAGGGGUUCAGGAAUUCCGUUUCCAUCAACGCCCCGGGUCCAAUUUUGAAAGGCGAGCGGGACUUUUCUCGACGGAGUGUGAAGAGCUCAUUAGAUGCAUAUGACCAACAUCUUCUCUCGAAAAUUGGGAAACCACUCUCUCCACGACAGUCGAUCAGUCAUGGGGGUGAUAACAAAGGGUCUCUAUCGACAUUACCUAUCCCAUCAUCACGAAACUUUGGAAAUUUCCCUUCCCCGGGAGGCUCCGACGGAUCUACUCUCGAUGUGAAAUGGCACAACAGCCCCCAAUUCGGUGGAGUGUCGCCCGGUACCAAGACCGGAUGGAAUUAUAUCGAUUGCCGAAGCCCCAGUGUGGAGAGCAGUGCGCCAUCUUCUGCUAUGGAUUACGAUCAACCAGCCUUUUUGCGCCGUCGAGGAGGAGGAACUACGCCCAACCAUGACGAUAAUUUCAGCCUGCCGAGUCGAUCAAACAGAGGAAGCUACGAUCACGGUGUAUUUUCGGAUAUCGAGGGUGAUAUGAACAACGAUGAUUCGUUACCGCCACGACUGUUUCAACUUCGAGAGCCGACACCCCCGUACUUGGACGCGUCAAAACCAGGUACCAAGAGGAGGGCAUCCUCUCCUCCGCGGGAACCGAUGAGUGACGAUAAGCAUACGCUGCAUGUGACCACGAGUAAUGGCGAUCUCUCGCAACGACGAACCACCGGACACCCGUUCACGAGCAAUACCCUGUCAGUUAACAGCGGCUACGCACCCAGUCACGGAAGUCGCUCGGCUGCUUCGUCUCUGAGUGUACGGACCUCAGGGUCAUACUCGUCUGCCGCAUUUUCAUUAGGAGGAAGCAGUAUGACCAGCACUUCUCCCUACGAGCGAUCGCCCGGUGGGUUUUCCUCCAGUUCGGAUCUUGAUUCGCUUCAUGAAAAGUCGAUUCUCAACCCCAGCUCGCCCGGUGGGCUAACUGCCCACUCCGCUGUCAUUCGACCCUCCUCGAACACUCUGGAGCCACCAAGCACAAAUACCCCAAGAAAGCUGUCUUUGGGUACCACUCUCAAUGUACCCAAGCCAGCUGCGCCCAAGAUUGGUGGAUUGUAUAUCUGUGACUGCUGUCCCAAGAAACCCAAGAAGUUCGACAACCCUGAAGACCUACGCGCGCAUGAAAUGGAGAAGCAGUAUAUGUGCCAAUAUUGCAACAACCGGUUCAAGAAUAAGAACGAAGCCGAACGUCAUCAGAACUCGCUUCAUCUGCGCCGUCAUUCCUGGUCUUGCGCUGCACUUUCAGGAUAUCAAGCUGCCUUCCAUCAUUCCUCGUCACCAUCCAGCCAAACGGGUGCAGGUUCUUCCCACGACACCUGCGGCUACUGCGGUGAAGAAUUUCCAAACUUCCCUCAACCCGAUUGGGACCGCAGGUUCGAGCAUUUGACAGCAGUACAUAAAUUUGGCGAGUGCAACAAUGCAAAGAAAUUCUUCCGUGCAGACCAUUUCCGCCAACACUUGAAGCAUAGCCAUGCCGGCACAAGUGGCAAAUGGACCAAUAUUCUGGAGAAUGCGUGCAUGAAGGAUGAGACUCCCCCUGAGCCCAAGGGGGAUAGCAACGAACGUCGCGCUAGAGCGUUGUCGAAUGCCAACAGCACAACUUCUACCGGGUCGGGGACACUCACAUCAAACGCCAUUAGCGAGGUUCUCAGCGAUUGCUGA